AUCCUCAUUAGUGAAGUGAGAGCAACCCAUCACAAAACCAAAAUAAAAUAAAAAAGAAUCUUGAAACUCUGCCAAAAAAUAAAGAAGGAUGGCUAGUGUCUCAAGCACCAUGAUUAUCACUUCCUUCAUGCCAAGAAAACCAAUUAUGACAAACCUCAAGGCCAUUCCAAAUCUUGGGCAAACACUCUUUGGGCUUAAAUCUGCACAUGGUGGCAAAAUCACUUGCAUGGCUACAUACAAAGUGAAACUUAUUACACCUUCAGGACCAGUAGAAUUUGAUUGUCCAGAUGAUGUGUAUAUUCUUGAUCAAGCUGAGGAAGAAGGACAUGAACUUCCUUAUUCAUGCAGGGCAGGUUCUUGCUCAACUUGUGCUGGGAAAAUUGUGGAUGGAAAUGUUGAUCAAUCUGAUGGGAACUUUCUUGAUGAUGGUCAAAUAAGUAGUGGAUACGUGCUAACGUGUGUUGCUUAUCCACAGUCUGAUGUUACUAUUGAGACACACAAAGAGGAAGAACUCACUGGCUAAGCUAAUUAAAUUUGGCUCACCACCAAAAGCAGUGUUGGGAAAUAUAAUUUUGAUUAUGUAGAAAGUACUAGGGGUAUCUAUGUUCAUUAUCUGAAAGUAUUUAGUAGGUAUAAUAAGUCACGAAUUCUGCUUUUAGCACCUAUGAAAAAUCCCUUGUACUAUUAUAUUGUUAGUAUAUAAGAGUUGAGUAUUCAAUAAAAGUACCAUCUGAGUUCUUAUGUU